GCUUGCUCGGUUUAUGUAUUUAUGAAUGAUCCUCAAAAAUAUUAUCUCAUUCAAGGCGAGAAGGCCUCCUAACCAGUCACGUGAAACAUGAGACACGCGGUUGUGUCCUUGGGAAAAGAUAGGUACUUCGAAUAUUUAAGUGAAAGUUGAACGCAAGGGUUAACUGAAUAGAUGGGGAUGCUGUUAUGUUAACGUAUGUGACAUGUCUAGUAGUGUCUUGAUAAGAAGAUGAAUGUCAUCUGAGUAUGACUUACGAAUGUUACGUCAAACUAUUGUGUUAUAUGCUCUACAUAUAUCUGGAUAAACUACCGUUGAAAUUGUACAGUAAUGAUGGGUGACAAGGGUAACUGGGUAAGUAUAAGGUUUGCUAAUGGAAGAAGGAAAAUGAGAGAUUGACCCCACACGAAGACUCUUAAGUAGACAAAAAGUUUGGCCGAUCAAGACACACCACUAUACAUCAAUAGAUACGUAUAUGUAAUGCAGAAAUGAAUGUGAAUAUGUUUGAAAAAAUGGACAAGAGAGAAGGUAAAAGAACAAGAGAGGAACAAGAGCAUGUUAUGGCAAUGAAGGACCCCCCACCUGCAUUCAAUGCUUGUUUUACUCUCUUUACUCACUCCAUUAACUUUCUUCUCACUACAAAUACUCCUUCCCUCUCUUCUCUUCUCUUACACUCCAUAAACAUUUCAUACCAUCUUGAUCUCAUCUCUCAAUAUAGUCACAGUAGAAAUAGAGAAGUUAUGCCUUGCUCUGUGAGGAGUGGAUUCAAGAUGGUGUUCUGUUUCGUUUUUCUGCUUUUGUCAUCCAAUAUUGGAUGUGCUAAUGCUCGUCGUUUAGGGCUUCACAAGCAUCAUCACAAGAUUCAUCACAAGGUUGCUUCCUUGGUACAAGAUGUUGUCAAUGGUGGAGGAAGGAAGAGGUUAUUGGGUGGAGUGGAGACAGGGGGAGAAGUAGUGGUCAUGGAUUAUCCUCAGCCUCAUCGUAAGCCUCCCAUCCACAACGAGAAGGCUUAAAUUACUCUCUAUACAUCAUAUGAAUCACCACACUGUUAUAUGCAUUCACCAUGCUGGUGGUUUUAAUGACACUCUUGAACUAUAUUCAUUACCAACUUCUUUUGUUCUCUCUUUCUUCGUUCUCUAAAACAAACAAGCUGCACCUCUUCCUUAUAAUAUACUGUAUUUCAUGUGGAA